UAAAGAAGAAAAUGAGAUGAGUGAGGAAACGUGAAGAGUGGCAGCGAGCGAUGGAAGAAGAUUUUGAUUUCGAGAACAAGGUUUCGAUAAAGGAGACGAUGGAGGUUGAUCCAACCAAAGUCCUUCUUCUGCUUCGCGCUUUCCUCGGAAUCCAGCAACGCAGAGCCGAAGCGUAUUCCAAGCUCAAAAGGGGGUUUUCUGAUUACAUGGCUUCUGGAGGGGAAUUAGCUUAUAAGCAGCUUUGCAGUGAAAUCACAAUAGAGUUUAAUGAUUGCUCGAAAAAAGUCCUUGAGAUGGAGUCAUUGUUUAGGAGCCCUGAUUACUGCCGAGUGGAUCUAGCACAGCUCCUUAGAUCUGUUCAGGAUCAGGAAAAGCAGAAACUGAAUCUGACUGCCACCAUUCAGGUGUUAAAGAAAGCUGGUCGGCCAUCGGAACGUCUGGUGAGCCAUGAGAAUUGCAAAUAUACAAAGCCAACAGAGCAUGAGUGCGUACAUGUUCAGGAGAUUACUGAAGCUUCUGGGACUGAAGAGGCAGAAGCAGAUGCUGAGUAUGACAAUGCUCUAAAGGAAGCCAUUAGAGGUGUCCAGGAUGCUGUCAUGGCCAUAAACGAACACUUAGAAGAAGUCAGAUAUGAAAUUGCUGCCCUUGAAGCCGAGUGAUUCUUUUCCAAUACUUUUUCUGAAAUACUGCAAUUCUCAUUCAAGCCAUUUGCCUGUGAAGGGAUAGGUUCAGACCCUCAGUGCUAACAAAUAACUUUGUGGUUCUACAUCCCGUGAAAUGUAUAUAGACACCCUAGAAUGCAGUUCAUAAAUUCAGUCGUCAACAAUUUAAAUUAAAAUAUUAAAAAAAUUAAGAUUUGUGAUUAAA